CGAUGAAGAGCACAUUCGAGAAAUCGAAGCGAACAACCAACCUUGUGCAAAGAGACCAAGACUCACCUAACUCUAAAAUAAAAUGGAUCUAUCUGCACUCAACAAGAUUGCUGAGCGCGAGUUCUUGCCUAAGAAGAAAGUCACGGACUUGGAAAAAGAUCAUGAGUACAUGGUGACUGCAUUCAAGGAAGUAAAGACGAGAUUCGGCACAAAGAUCGUGGCUGAGAUCGAUGACAGCUUUCAAAUAUUUCUGCCCGGGAAGAUCUCAUCAGCAAUCUUGAAAGAUCAAGAAUUUUUCAAUAAUCUCUCUAACACAGCAAAUAAACUUAGUUUAUUUAUAACAUAUCAUAAGGGUGGAACUUCUAUUAAGUUCACCACAUGCUAAAAUAAUGAAAUACAAAGACUGAUAAUUGUUAAA